UCUAGCUCCACCAUCCUGUGCUGCCGCAGAGAGAAAUGUAAUUGCUUCCUGCUGACCGUGUAGCUGCCGCCGGUUGCAUUGCCCUGCAAGUUUGACACCAGUUUCAUCUGCCUGUGAGGACUACUCCUCCUCAUAGAAAGAAACUGGAUGGCUUCUAAUGCAAGCCUGAUUCUGGAUAAAGCAGCUUUGUUAGAAGAUGGGAUUCCCCCAGCCAAAAAGCCCAGGAAAUUAUUGCCAAGUCUAAAAACCAAACGGCCCCAAGAGCUCGUGCUGGUGAUUGGGACCGGCAUAAGUGCAGCUGUUGCACCUCAGGUGCCGGCCCUGAAAUCAUGGAAGGGCCUAAUCCAAGCCUUGCUGGAUGCUGCUAUUGACUUUGACCUUCUUGAAGACGAGGAGCGGAAAAAGUUUCAGAAGUGUCUCCGGGACGAUAAGAACCUCAUCCAUGUUGCCCACGACCUUAUUCAGAAAUUGUCGCCACGCACAAGCAAUGUCCGUUCCACAUUCUUCAAAGACUGCUUGUAUGAAGUCUUCGAUGACCUGGAGUCCAAAAUGGAAGACACCGGGAAACAUCUGCUCCAGUCUGUGCUCCAUUUGAUGGAGAACGGUGCUCUAGUGCUUACCACCAACUUUGACAACCUGCUGGAAAUUUAUGCUGCGGACCAAGGAAAGCAGCUUGAAUCUCUUGACCUCACAGAUGAGAAAAAGGUGCUGGAGUGGGCACAGGAGAAAAGGAACCUUAGUGUUUUACAUAUCCAUGGAGUGUACACAAACCCCAGUGGAAUAGUGCUCCAUCCUGCUGGCUACCAGAACGUCCUACGCAACACAGAGGUUAUGCGGGAGAUCCAGAAGUUGUACGAAACCAAAUCCUUUUUGUUUCUGGGCUGUGGUUGGACUGUGGAUGAUACCACGUUUCAGGCCCUCUUCCUAGAAGCUGUGAAGCACAAAUCUGACUUGGAGCACUUUAUGCUUGUGCGUCGUGGUGAUGUGGACGAGUUCAAGAAACUCCGAGAAAACAUGCUAGACAAAGGGAUUAAAGUGAUUUCCUAUGGGAACGAAUAUGCCGACUUGCCCGAAUAUUUUGAGAGGCUUGCAAAUGAAAUCUCCAGUCGGGGUCGAGCAGGUCUGCCUCGAGAAGGACAGCUAAACGGCACAGGUGGAGCACACGCUGACUUCAGAGGUAUGAAGUUUACUUAAUACUCUCGCUCUUUAAGGCUGGCUUGUGCGGACAAGUUUUGCCAGCCAGCGGCUACCUUUGGCACAUGAAAUUACACAUUCAUGUGAUUUGUAAUAAGGGCUCAACCACUGUGGAAGGCAGCUGGCAGAAAGCAAAUGCAUCCUUGAUAAGAAUGGGGGGGGGGAGAUGUUUGAAGGAGCUCCUCCCCAGCUGUGACGAUACAGGAUUGGAGGAACAAGUAUGAGGGAUUUGAAGAACCUAAUAGCUGCUGGGUUGGGGCUAAUUCUAAAACUGGUAGUAGUGUUUCUAUUUUUUGAAAAAAGGGGAACUAUGCUCCUUGUGCAAACGAACUAUACAACAUGGAACAAAAACCAAGCGUGGACAGUUAAAAUAGACCAGGGAAAUUGGUAUGUAGAAAUGAAAGUGAGCAGCUAAAAUCGAAAUAGGGUGUGUUCUAGUUGUUGCAGAUAGGCUUAUAUGGUUUUCUCUUUCCACUGGGUAAUCUUUAUCACUACCACUCUUGCACAAGUGGCUUGAAUUUCCUGUUGACUUCUUUGUAACAUCCCCCCCCCCCAUUUCACUGGAUAGUUAAAACUAUUCCAGCAUAAGGAACCCUUGGGCAAGAUGUGUAGGUUUUCUUUGGGGCAUAUAAGCAAGGACAGAGAACAAGUAAACCUCGUGGGUAUCUUCUUUACCCCCCUUCCAAGACUACGUAUCCUCAUGGGUCUAUCAAUUGCUACUAAUCAAGGUGACAAAAAGGAGCCUCCAUAUUCAGAGGCAGUAAACCUCUAAAUACUAGGUAGCCUUGGUCUCUUUCGAUGGUUGGCUUGUUGGGGCAAGUAGCUGGCUACCGUGAGAAAUGGACUAGAUUGACUGCUGCUCCGAUCCAGUAAAAGCACCUCUUAUAGAAUGUUUAGAAGUUGUUCAUAAAGCAUGGUUGGAAUCCCGCACAGCUGGAGGGCAUUUUUUAAAAAGGGCAAGGAGUGAUUCAGCAAUGGGGCAUGAAUUGGAAGACAUCUCUUUCAAUUUAAAUAAGCUGCUUGUUACCAAAUCUCUCUAGUUGUUAAAGGGUUUUGAAUGUUU